AUGAAGUAUGAUAUUGUUUUCGGGGAUUACCGAAACAAGAUUCAUUGGUGGAAGAAAUAUUUCUUCUUUGUGAAGAUAAACCGAGCCUCAGUCGGGAAGAUCAAAGCUGAUCAGAUUAGGACAGAAUGGGUUAAAUCACCGGGACCGUCCAGGCGAGCGAGACCGAACGGCGAACUCAAGGAGAAGUUCAGGCUGCUGAAGGAGCUUCAGCCAUCGAUUGUGGCCUGA